AUGUCUGCAUUUGUUCUCAUCUUUAGCAAUGAUCGUUUCGUACGCUCUCUCGCGCUCGGCGCAACUGCGAAGCAGAAGGGUUCUGACGCCAAAGUGAACCCAAUGAUGCAGUUAGCCAAUAAUUGCGAUCCCCCGAUCCUUACGAGCGACUCAAGGGCGAGCCCUUUGACAGAAGAGGUCAUCGCCUCACACUAUCUGUCACAAAGCUAA